AUGGAGUGCUACACGCAUCUCAACUCCUCUAGCUCUCAUGAUGUCCCUCACAAGGAAACUCCAGCUGAUGGUGACGCAAAACAAACAUGCCUAGUCUGUAUUCGUGUCAGUGGUGCAGAGCUCGAGAUGAAUCCUGAACACUGUGAGUACCUAGCUGAAGAUGUUCUCAUCCAGAUUGUGCCUCGGAGAAACGAGCCUGUCUUGCAUCUGGUAUGCGGUGAUGUAGGGCCUUUGGAGGCUGGUAUUCCCACCGAAGUUCCACUCUGGUUGGCGGCAGAUCUGCGGAGAAGACAUCAUUGCGAGAUAGUGCCGCCCUUCUGGUUCAACUUAGACGAGCUGAAACGACUCGUUGCCAUAGAAGGAGAAACAGAAAGCCUCUCACAUCUUCCUCCCUUCAUUUUUGAGAUAUCCAACAUCCUAGUUCGUGUCGCAAAGGAGGAUUUAGUUGAUGGCGAUCAGAUCAAGGUGUUGUUGCAAGAUUUGUGGGACAAGCGCGAAGCCAAACUGCGAACAUCAUCACUGAAGCUUCUAUCGCAGCAUACUCAUGCGCAUGUGCGACUUGAUGAUGUGCAGCCUUUGGAAGUGGCAAUGAUUCGACCAAAUUUGUCGGCUUGCAAAGAGAUUGCUAGACUUGUGAGAAACGUUCAUAAUGUCCAACCCAUCUAGAUCCCGAAGCACCGCUACUUUGUGUUUAUUCACGGAACAUCCUACACCAAACUUCUUUUUGUUACGAAUUUGUUCACAUCAGCAAACUCGUGUCUGAUCACUGUGCUGCCUUCCUUUGAAGGAAGCACAAAAAAAUGCAGCGUUUUUGCGGAGUCAGACUAUGAACCUAUCAUAGCGAAUCUUAUUACUCAAGCAUAUGCAUGGUUUGAUUGAUUGCUUCUUUCUGAAUGUUUUUGU